UCGAUUCACUUCACUAGUUUUUCGGGUUGGUUGAUUUUGCAGUCAACGUAAAAACAGAGAGUGCCAGUGUUUACUUCUAGUUUACUUAAAAAUUCAGUGAUAAUUUACAAGUGAUAUUUUCCCAGUGAAUACCAAAACCUAAGAUCCGAUUUAUUAACAAUUAGGAGCUGAAAUGUUUAUAGACGAGAAUGAGACGCCGGAGUCCUUGUGGGUGUCAGCUGUUCUGCAGACCAUCCGGAUGGUAGUGUUCAUGUAUGAUAUCCUCUCAUUCCCGGUUCAUCUGGUGCUGCAGAGGCCAUGGAGAAAACGGUCUAUGUCGCGACGUAUUAAGGCACAAAUCAUAGAUUCCACUCCAAACAGCGUGACAGUCCGAUCCCUGUCAACACCUUGCAAUCUUCACUUGCGUCUGGUGCGGGACAAUGUCACCACCAUGGAGGCCAUGUUGCGUGCUGCGGCCGCCAGAUGGCAGGACAAACCUUGUCUGGGAACUAGGACAGUUUUAAGUGAAGAAGAUGAACCACAACCAAAUGGACGAGUGUUUAAGAAGUACAACAUGGGCAACUAUGAGUGGCGAUCGUACACCGAUAUGGAGAACGAGGCGACUUGGUUCGCAGCUGGUCUGCGUGAAUUGGGAUGCCAGCCCAAGAAGAACAUCGUCAUGUUCGCUGAGACCAGGGCCGAGUGGAUGAUCGCUGCCCAUGGAUGCUUCAAGCAGAGUAUUCCUGUGGUCACAAUCUACGCAACCCUAGGCGAUGAAGCAAUAGCCCACGGAAUCAAUGAAACAGACGUUUCUACCGUCAUCACUACACACGAUCUCCUACCCAAGUUCAAGAAGAUCCUUGCAAAGACUCCGAAAGUGGACACCAUAAUUUUCAUGGAAGACCAGCUCAAAAAAACGGAGAGAGAUGGAUUCAAGCCUGGAAUUAAGAUUGUCGCCUACAAGGAGGUUAUAGAGAAGGGAAAGCACUCGAAAAUUGAAUGUAUCCCACCAACUCCGUCCGAUACAGCGAUCAUAAUGUACACAUCUGGUUCUACUGGGGUCCCAAAGGGCGUGGUCCUGUCCCACAGGAACAUGAUAGCGACGUUGAAGGCUUUCGCGGAUGGGGUGCCGAUGUAUGAUGAUGAUAUGCUCAUGGGAUUCCUGCCUCUGGCCCACGUGUUUGAGUUGCUUGCUGAGAGUUUAUGUGUCAUUGGUGGCGUACCUAUUGGCUACUCAACGCCUCUCACAAUGUUGGACUCUUCGAGUAAGAUAAUGAAGGGAACGAAAGGAGACGCCACAAUUUUACAACCCACCUGUAUCACCACUGUUCCUCUAAUAAUGGACCGUAUCAGCAAAGGGAUAACGGACAAAGUGUCUCGCAGCGGUGAAUUCGCGAACGCGUUCUUUAAGUGGGCGUAUUCGUACAAACAGUCGUGGAUGAAGCGUGGGUACGACACGCCUUUGCUUAAUCGAGUGGUAUUCAAAAAAGUCAGCCAAUUGCUCGGCGGACGUGUACGUCUAAUGAUAGCGGGCGGCGCCCCUCUAGCGCCGGACACUCACACGCAGGUCCGGCUCUGUCUUUGCUGUGAUGUUAUCGCUGGUUAUGGUUUGACAGAGACCACUUCCUGCGCCACCAUCAUGGAUUUGCAGGAUAGGUCAACGGGUCGCGUCGGUGCACCCACAACUGGAACGGACAUAAAACUCGUCAACUGGGAGGAGGGCAACUACAGAGUCGGGAAUAAACCUUUCGUACAGGGCGAGAUAGUAAUCGGUGGCGACAGCGUGGCAGAGGGUUAUUACAAGAAUCCCGAGAAGAGUCGAGAGGAGUUCGUGGAUGUAGAAGGGAAAAGAUGGUUCCGCUCUGGAGAUAUUGGGGAAUUGCAUCAUGACGGCUGUAUUAAGAUUAUUGACCGCAAAAAGGAUUUGGUGAAGCUCCAAGCCGGUGAAUACGUGUCUCUGGGGAAAGUGGAAGCGGAACUGAAGACGUGUCCAAUUGUCGAGAACAUCUGCGUCUACGGAGACAGCUCGAAGACCUACACCGUGGCACUCCUGGUACCGAACCCGAGACACUUGGCGGAACUGGCGACGAGGAUCGGCCUCCCGGAGAUGGAGUUUGAGCAGCUGUGUCAGAAUGCGGAGGUUGAGAAGGCCGUGGUCAAAGAGCUGGCAGACCAUGCGAGGAAAUGCGGCCUUGAAAGAUUCGAAGUACCCGCAGCGGUGAAACUUUGCACAGAAGUGUGGUCUCCAGAUAUGGGUCUUGUCACCGCUGCCUUCAAAAUCAAGAGGAAAGACAUCCAAGAACGAUACAAGGAAGAUAUCAAGCGAAUGUAUGCGUCAUGAGUCGCCAUCACAUCCGCGACACGAUCACGCAAUAUUGAAAUAGGUAACUUGAGAAUCGGUUAAUAUUUGUCUAAAAAUAAAUAAGUAAACAUUGUAAAAGACCGUAGAAAAUAUAUAAUUUAAAUUAUUAUUAUUUAUUUAUUUUGAUAUCGCGUGAUCGAUAAUGUCUAGAGGCUUCGAUCUCGGACGUUGUACUCAAAGUCGAUUUUGCCGCUUAUUUAUUAGGCAAAAUAUAUUUGAAUUUUGAAAAUAUGCCUAUUAAAUACGCGGCCAUGUAAAUGGUUGUAUAAAAUGCUUGAGAUUAAAUUUUAUUUGUAUAUGGGCAUCACAAUACUAUAAGAUGUAAAGGAAUUUUACGUAUGCCAAAAGUGUUGUGGAUUGGCCAAAUUCAUAGAUUACAGAGCGAUGUGGAUAAAAGUCAUUUGAUAGCAAUCAGGAAUGGCAGAAAUUGAAAAAUGUAAUUUGGUCGGCCACAACUUUAGCCGUAGACGUCGUUUAGUUUAAAAUUUGUAAAUAGUGUAGAAUAUUCUAGGCUUUUCUCAUCAGUUUUUAGAUCUGAGGUUAAGGAGGAAAAAGUGAGAAACGAAGUGCAAUUCGGAUAUGUUUUAAAUUGGCCUAGUAUUAUCGGUUUUGAUGCGGUUAUUAUAAGUAAUGUUUUAGUACUUAGACGGGAUGUGCUGUUGUAUCUUUGGCCGACAGUUCAAUGGUCGUUGGCGCUGCCUUUGCAUAAUCCAUGUUUUAUAGUUUUAUUAGGCAAUUGUACUCAUCGUAAGUUCCUCUUCGUUUCGCAGUCUGAUGCAUUUAUAAGUCUUUAAUUCACGUGUUGGCAUUCUGAAACGCAUUUAGUAUUUGGCAAUUGCGAGUCCGGAACAGUUGUGUGAUUGCUUUUCGAAAUAUACUCGUGCAACUCGUCGACGAAUGGUCGGAAUACUUUUUGAAUAGGCGAGAAGUUGCACGAAAUAUCCAGUAGGGCCUCUCAAUAAUUUCGUAAUGAUAAACUUCUAUUAACUUUGUGAGUGUUGGAAUUCUGUAAAGCAUUUAGUACUAAACGAUUGUAAUAUGUUUCGAAAUUUAUUUUCGAAAUUUACCGAAAUAUGCUCGUGCAACUAGGCGACGAAAGUUCGAAAUAUAUUUUGACUUGAAGCGAGAAGUUGCACGAAGUAUCCAGAAGGGGCUCUCAAUAUUUUCGUAAUACUAAACUUCUAUCAGCUUCGUGGGUGUACAAGUAUAAUUUUAUAGUACAUUCGGAUAGCAAUAUGGAAGCGAGAAAAGCAUUUUUUAUUAUCGUGCUGGAACACUGUAUGAUAUGUAUAAUUCCAUGUAUUUAAGUAUGUUACUAUAAUAGGUAGCGUCACUUUUAAUGUUAAUAAUUUUGAAUCGUAAAUUUAAAUGUUAAUCGAUGUUGUAGGAAUUUUGCUCAGUUGGUUUGUUUAAAAAUCUUAAUAUUCUGAAAACAUUUUUUGUAUUAUUUAUUCAAUAAAUAAUGUUAAUAAAAUCA